UGCUGCCUGUUGGCUGACCCAGGGCUCUACGGCAAAGACCAGCGGGAGGCAGCGCUGGUGGACAUGGUGAACGAUGGCGUGGAGGACCUCCGCAGGCACUGCGGCCACCUCAUCCACCACAGCUGUGAAGAGGGCAAGGCCCAGUAUGUUCAGGAGCUGCCAAGGCACCUGAAGCCUUUUGAAACCCUGCUGUCCCAGAACCAGGGGUGCAAGGCCUUCAUCGUGGGCGACCAGGUGAGUGCUGGGUCUGACCCAUUAUAGGUCCAUUUCUCAGAAGGGCAAACUGAGAC